AUGGAUAAACUCACCACUAUCCUCCCCGCUCCCGUCCGUGAGGUGCAGAAUGUCAACAUUGUGUCCACCUCCGCCAUUGUAAGAAAAGUGGAUCAAUGUCUCUCCAAGCUCUAUCCCGAGCAGGAUCCCAAUCCCAACCCCAAUUACCCCGAACCUGCAUCCACGCCUGCAACUAUAACUACCUCCAGCACUACCACAACUACCACCACUACUACUACCAUAACCUCCGAUUUCCCUGCCGUCUCAAUCACUUCAAAAGCCGCCACCGCCUCCAAGGCAAUCACUGUAGCUGAGAUCGUCAAACGCUGCAUCGGUGAAAAAGGCGGACAGUGGUACCAGUACACGGCCCUGUCAAGUGUGACGAACGAUCUACCUGGAUCGCAGAAGCAGGAGAAGCAACCACAGAAAAAGAAAAGGAAGACGGGUGACGAGGAUAAGGCGGGGGAAGAUGAGGAGGACCCAUACGCUCUUCUCGUCGCCGAUACCGGAGCUUCAAAAGCUUCACGGCGAACAGUCAGGGCCUUAGGCAAAAAACACCCGUUCCUUAGACAGGUGAAAAAAAGAAACACCAGAUAUUGGUGGUUUUGUUAG